AUGGACCGACUUUCAACCUUUUGUCUAGAUCACAUUUUCAGAUACUUCAAUAUUAAGACUGUAAAUGAUCAUGUUAGUACAAGUGAUAGAUUGGCUUUAACAACAUGCUUGUUGGUGAAUCGUCAGUGGUUUGAGAUAGCUGUCAAAAUUUUUUGGGAAGAAAGUGUUUAUAAUCUACCUCCUUUGUUGGCUUGUCUUCCCGAUGAAUCGAAACAGAUAAUACGAGAUAAUGUACCUUUUAUACCAGAAACCGAUCUAAACACACCUCCAUUCAUGAAUUACAUGUCAAUUAAUCAACAAUUAAAUUUCAAUUAUCUUAAUCAUGUUAUUCGAACAAUCAUUAUAAGAUAUGAUCCCGAUAACACCGUUAAUGAUGAUCAACAACGAUUUCAAGAUUAUAAGGAAGUUAUUUAUCGUGAGAUGGUUAAAUUAUUCAUGUUGAAAGCUCCAUUGAGGAAACUCCAUUUCUUUACAGAAAUCGACGAUGAUGAUGCGCCUCACGUAGACUUUGCUUCAUUUCCCAAUGCAAUAAACACAUUAAAACAACUUACGACAUUUGAAACUUGUACGGAUGUAGAUCCGAGAUUUUUGCAACAGGUUUUAUCAUGUCAAAAAUUUGAAAAUAUUUCAUUGCAUUUCGAAGAAACAUAUUCGGAGGGUUUAACGGAGAUCGUAAACAACCAAAAUAAUCUAAAAGGACUUAAGGUAAUUCGGGAGCAUAAAGCGUAUCAUUGGCCUAAAUUAGCUGAUUCAUUGGAAAAUCAUCCUUCACAUCAUAUUACCUUGACAAAAUUAUAUUUAUCCUUGUGCGGAUUUAAAUCAUCAAUCAGAUUCCUACGUAAUUUUGAGAAUUUGCGUGAAUUGACCCUUUACCAAUUUCAUGAUUUUUUUGAUGAUUUCGAAGUGUUGCAACAUGUUUCUUUUCCGCAUUUGAGGUAUUUGAAGAUGGUCCCGAUCAUACCAAGAGAGGAAGAAUUAAUAACAUUUUUUGAACGUAAUGGGAAAAGUUUGGAGCAUCUUGAGAUUGAUUCAAAUCACGAAGAAUUAGAUUUUUGUAUUCCCAGGUUCUGUCCGAACCUUAAACAUUACGGAAAGAUCAGAAACACUCGGGAACUUAUGGAAAAUCUAUUUGAUCAUUGCAAGGAAUUAAGAGUGCUUUGGGUUACAUGCAAGAACAAUCAUUUUAAUGAGAGCAAGAUUAUUAGACUUAUUGGAAGAGAUAAUUUUGGAAGAAUUGAACAAUGCGCUAAAGAGUUGGGAAGAAUACGACCCACCUAA